CCGUGUCUGUUCCUUUUCACUGAUGAUUGAUUGUCCUCUAGCUUGUGUCGGUCUCUGUGCACCGUACUAACAUGCAUGGAUACGCGGGAGGUAACAGUAGGGACAAUAUGCAAACUCUGUAUACGGAAUCUCUGUGUUGAAAGGCCCGGUGUGUCGUAUACGGAAUCUCUGUUUUGAAAGGCCCGGUGUGUCGUAUACGGAAUCUCUGUGUUGAAAGGCCCGGUGUGUCGUAUACGGAAACUCUGUGUUGAAAGGCCCGGUGUGUCCUAUACGGAAUCUCUGUGUUGAAAAGCCCGGUGUGUCGUAUACGGAAAUUCUGUGUUGAAAGGCCCGGUGUGUCGUAUACGGAAACUCUGUGUUGAAAGGCCCGGUGUGUCGUAUACGAAAACUCUGUGUUGAAAGGCCCGGUGUGUCGUAUACGAAAACUCUGUGUUGAAAGGCCCGGUGUGUCGUAUACGGAAACUCUGUGUUGAAAGGCCCGGUGUGUCGUAUACGAAACUCUGUGUUGAAAGGCCCGGUGUUUCGUAUACGGAAACUCUGUUGAAAGGCCCGGUGUGUUCAUACAGAAUCAUUGCCUCAAAGACGGACUCAGUCUGUUGAAUAUGAAAAUCAUUGUGUUGAAGGUAGUUCUAUAGGUUAAUGUACAGAAUUUAUGUUUUAGAGACGCAUCCGAUGUAAAUUAUAUAUAGAACAAGACUCUUUGUAGUUAAGGCGGACCCUGUGUGAUAUACGGACUCUUCGUGUUAAAGAUUACCCAUCUGUUGUUUACGAAACAUCAGUGUUAAAGGCGAGCCCAGUGUGUUAUUUACGAAGCGCCCGUGUUGUAAAGGUAACCUCUGUGUGAAAGACUGGACCAGUGUGUUAUAUGGAACCUCCCUGUUAGAUACAAACUUGUGGGAUACACUCACAUAAACAUGUAGAAUGCAGUUCUGAUUUGUGGACAAAACUAAAAAAGGUAUUUACCGCCUGAGCCUGAUUUGAAUAACAAAACUAGUUUUGUGAUCCAUGAUAACUUUAAGACUAGAACACUGGAAUUCUUAAACCGUACAUCGGUGAAAACAGCACCUGUGGUGUGUAUUUGAUCCACCAGUUGACAGGAGCCAAGUACAAAUGUGCUUACAUCCACACGAGACCCCGUCGAAGAUUCACACUGGCGUUCUAUCCAAACAUCAUAUGAUCUGACGCUGGUAAGUUGUUUUGGCUCUAUUGUGAAAUGGAACUUUCGAACUGACGAGGAAUGACAUAGCAACUCUGUGAAGAAUUACUUUAGUGAAGAAGACCGUGAAGAACCGACAGACAAGUCAUGGGUUACCUACAUCUCCUGGUCGGUGUCGCCGUGAUAGUUGUCACCCUAAGAGUGUCUGAUGUGAAGGGUAAUAACGGCAACGGAAAUGGGAACAAUGGCAACGGUAAUGGUAAUAAUGGCAACGGCAAUGGUAACAAUGGUAACGGUAACGGUAAUAAUGGCAACGGUAAUGGUAAUAACGGCAACGGCAAUAGUAACAAUGGCAACGGCAAUGGUAACGGUAACGGUAAUAACGGCAACGGUAAUGGUAACAAUGGCAACGGUAAUAACGGCAACAGUAAUGGUAAUAAUGGCAACGAUAAUGGUAAUAACGGCAACGGUAACGGUAAUAAUGGCAACGGCAAUAGUAACAAUGGCAACGGUAACGGUAAUAGCGGCAACAGUAACAAUGGCAACGGUAAUGGUACCAAUGGGAACGUUAAUGGUACCAACGGCAACGUUAAUAGUACCAACGACAACGGUAAUAAUGGCAACGUGAAUGGUACCAAUGGCAACGUUAAUGGUACCAACGACAACGUUAAUGGUACCAAUGGCAACGUUAAUGGUACCAAUGGCAACGUUAAUGGUACCAAUGGCAACGUUAAUGGUACCAACGACAACGGUGAUGCUAUCAGCUGCAAUGGCGAUAGUAACAGCUGUGAUUUUCAGUCAUGGAUAAUGUCGUUCCAUACAAACUGCUCGGAUGUGAACAUAGGUUUUUCUCCGGUCUUCACCACGACGACUGACGUCAGUCUGAAACACGAAUUCACCAACACUACUAGACACACCUGUACACACCUGUGCGUCUACCUGUUUGAUUGUGUUUACUUCUCCCACCUGGACAGUGUCUCGACGUGUCGGUUGUAUGGCGCUGGAGGAGGAGGGUCUAUUACAGACGGGAGUAUCUGGAUGAAAACACAAACAUAACCGUCAAAGUAAAAUACACACUGGGCCUUCAUGGCCGUAUAAAUGUCGUUUUAGUGUUGACUUUUAUUGUUUUGUAUUGUACAGCAGCCUGGUACAUGGUUACGGAUAUACCUAGAAAAAAGUUAAGCACCGACUCUUAUUUAUUUUCAUAUUUUCUACUUCCAUGGACAUAUCUACAUGUGAAAUUGAUUCCAUUUUGAGAAAUAUCUUACAUACCAAUGACACCUGCUGGUAUGUGCACGUGGUCCGGUGACAACGCACGGAUCACAAAUGAAGCGACGUUAAGCCGCUGGGGUUGAUUGAUGGGUGACAGUCUUCGGCAGCUAAACUCCCGAGAUUUUCUGGUGCUUCGGUUUUGCUCAACAUUGAAGCACAAGUUACAUGUGGUGACUCCUUAGCCGAGCGUCUUAACGAAUUGGCCUCUGUUCAUCCAGCAGUGAAUGGAUACCCGUAGGAAGAGAUCGUAUUGUGACUGCUAACCCUCUACCACCUCACAGGAAAUAUGUUUCUCGAGAUGAUGACACGAACUGAGACACAUAUGGUGAAAAGAAGCAGCGUAAGUAAUUGAAAGAAUAACUCGUCCCAUGGCUGUUACAUAAGAUGUCAUAAUAUGACAGAUUUUUAGUUUCUGCAUUUUUAGAAUGUCAUCUGGUGAACAGAAGCAAAUGUGUUCCGUCAGAAAAUAAAUACAGGUUACGAUUUCAAAUAUUUAACAUGGAAAUAUGUAAUGCUCUCUUCUUGACGUUUUCCCAGACGUAUAUCUGGGAAGCAUGUAAGGAUGUGCUGAUAAUUGUUCGAUAAUUGUUCGUAUAUGUUUGUAGAUGAGACAAAACGUUCGUGCCAAAGUCAGCCAUCAUUUCUGAAGCUCAGUUCUGAAGUCUCGUGGGUUUAUUUACAGUGAAUACCCAUUAACUCGAACUCGUAUAACUCGAUAUGUCGUUUAUGGCGAUAACUUUAUAGUCCCAGCAGAAUCUUUUUCGGCACUUUUUUUUUAUAUCGGCAAUCGUUUUGUCUCGAUCUACGGAUAACUCGAUACAUUUCCGACGGCCCCAGCAUUUCGAGUUACCGAGGUGUCAUUGUAUAUACUUCCUUUAUUUCGAAGCUAUGCUUACCCAAAUGUCAUUAAAGUUGCUCUUUCACGUGUGGAGAGCGGAAGUCUACUGUACUACCCUACAUCCAUAUGCAUGACUUGUUUGAUAGACAUUUCUUAGAAGUUGACGGAAGACAGAGUGGACACAAUUUAUGGAUAACUGAAAAAUACAACAAUUGAAUAAAGAAGAAUAUUAUCCAUAAACUGUGUCCCCUUUUUAUACUCAUAUACAGUAGGCUUGUACAACUGAAUGCGUGAGUAAGUGACCCGUUAACUCUCCAACUCUGGGAACAAUAAAAAAAAGAAGAAAAAAGUGACCCGUUAACCGUGCAUCAGCAAUGUAUCAACCGUAGAGUCACCGUCACUUUUGAGCAUGUUAUUCAUGAAAUACUACACUUGAAUAAAUAUAAUCUUUGACGCCAGUGUUCUGUAUGAUCAACAGCCCGUGCGGAUGGUCGCUAUUUCGAUUACGUGGAGUACAUUUAUAUGCUGAUAAA